GUAGAUCGAGAUUACCUUACCACAACUGCUGCAUAUUCAUAAUCAUAUUCAUAUUCAUAUUCAUAUUCAUUCUUUACUAGCUAGGGUUUUACACUUCUCGCUACUCAGGCAUAUAUGCCAAAGCUUCAAAGAUAUAGAGGAGUUAGGCAAAGGCAUUGGGGCUCAUGGGUCUCCGAAAUUCGGCAUCCUCUAUUGAAGACGAGGAUUUGGUUGGGCACAUUCGAGACCGCGGAGGACGCAGCGAGGGCGUACGACGAGGCCGCAAGGCUGAUGUGCGGUCCCAGGGCUCGAACCAACUUCCCCUUAGGCUCCAACGGAUCGAACCCCGCGGCAGUUUUAACGCCGAGCCUAAUAGCGAAGCUCGAGAAGUGUUGCAUGGCUUCUCGUCAGGAGGAGAAUAAGAGAGGUGAUAAUAAGAUGGGUGGUGCGCAAGAAGAGGGUACGAUGUGCAUGGAUGAGGGAUACAUUGAGGAGAUGAUUGAGGAGUUGCUAUAUUAUGGGUCUGUGGAGAUAUCUCCUCCAUCUUCCUCGUCGUACUCGCCAUUGUCGUCAUCGUCGUCGUCGUCGUCUUCUUCUUCUUCUUCUUCUUCUUCUUCUUCUUCUUUGCUGUGAGAAUUAAUGGAGUUUUAAGUGCAGCGAAUGUGGGAUGGCAGCCAGAGAGAGAAGAGGAGCAGGUUCUGUGUAUAAGAUGUGAACGAGACAAGUAGGUUCUGGGUAUUAUAUUUUUGGUAUUCGUGGGUAACAUGCCUUGUUUCCUUUGAUGGCACGGUUCAUUUUAGUACUUCAUGCUUUAUAUUAUUUAUUUAUUCAGUUA